GACUUUACGUACCCGUCGGACGGUUGAGUGUUAUCUAUCCUGUUCCUAUCUGUUUAUUUAGUGUGUUUAACCUACGCCCCGCGUGUGCCGGUGUGCUGCCUUUCGGGGGGCUCUCUGUAGAAGUGUGUGUGGUUCUAGUGUCGAAUGCCCGUAUGAUAAGAACACACACGGUGACCACACGGCCCUUGCUAGUGCCGAAAUGUUAAACGAGCGAAGAUGAAACCAUCUAAGGCGCGAUCGGCAAUGUAAUGUACCAACGACGUGUGCGACUAGUAGUGCUACAAACAGGACAGGACGGUUCCAGGACAUGCCUUGGUAUGCGCACGUGCGCACCGUUUAGUGUGUGAUCGAUGUGUUCGAGACGAAGGAAGCUGCAAGAAGCUCCAGAUCGCCCGCUAUCUGAAACAAAUGUGUAAAUGCCGCAACAGGCCGCAGCAGACUGGAAUGUGAGUCGAUCGUGUGCGGUAUACGAAUGUUUUGGCGGGCGCGCAUACACCUUUGCUCGUAUGGCGAUUGGUGCUAGUGACGGCAAGAACAUUCCCGUCGAAGGGCUAAGUCCAUUCGUGAUAGGGCCGCGUGCGUCCGCUUCAGCUGGUCAAGUAUAGAUUAUCCGUCCCGCCGAACGGUACGGUCCUGCCGGAUGUAAAACGAGGUUUGGUUAUGUUUUGUUACUUCUUCGUCGCGUGUGUUCCCAGAGGCAUGCAGCAUGCCGGAGUUGGUGGUAAACAAGAACUAAGCGAGGUGGUUAAUACGAGGUACUUAAGACCGCGGUCUAGAUGAACGAACGCACCCAUUACGUGGAUCUGUAAGUGCUUGUGUGCUUUUGUUUUGCGCUUAUGUUAUACCCACCUAGGACAAGGACAACAUUUCUAGAAUAAGACCCAAAAGUUCGCGUAGUGAAGUAUCGGUUUUUUGUCGUUUUACCGUAGUUAGAUGAAAUUUACUCUGUGCCCUGUGUUUGUAUACAGUUAGGCAAAAGAAUCGAACGACCGCGGUAGAUAAAAGCGCGUAACAAAACAAAUCAAAAACCGAGUGUAGUAGUGCGAACAUUACCUCUUCGGUGCGCUAAGCAGACAUUGGGGUUAGGGGUACGAUUUUGGAUCGGAUUUUUUUGCAAAUCAAAAAAAAAAAAACACAAGCUUGGCACAGUACAAAAAUCGGUACGGCACGGUGACGGGGCCUAGGAGAGGCGGCGCAACGCAGCGGCGGAUUAUGGACAGUAGUAUGGUCGAGGAGAACGGUUCCUCGGCGAUAGGCGAUCCGCUUGGUGGUGGUAGUGGUGGUACCGGCCCGAACACAACCGGUUCGACAGUCGGAGAGGCGGUAACGGGCGGUGGUGGUCGUGGCCCCGCAUCGGGAGUUGGAACACAGCACCAGAACGAGCUAAUUAAUACCUCCAACAACGGUAGUACCGAUAGCAGUACGGCAAUAACAGUGGCAGCAUCUACCGGCGAAAGUGGUGGCGGAGGUGGCGGCGGUGGAGGAGGUGGUGGAGGAGGAGGUGGAGGAAAGGGAGCGACGGGCGUGGUACCAGGCGGUGCAGGCGCGGGUGGAUUGGUCGGCGCAUUAGGGUCUGGAUCAGCCAACAGUACGGUGACCGUUGGUGGUGCCGCCGGUCCGGAAGUGACACUGGUCCCAGCAGCAGCAGCAGUAACCGCCACCGGUACCAACAUUGUGCAGCUACUGUCGACAUCGCAAUCGCCCGGGCAGGCACAAUCUGUUAUACAGCAGAACCAACAAUCUGUUAUACAAACGGCGACAGGAAACGUCCCAUUAGCAAGAAGCGUACUAUUAGUGUGUAACAAACCAAACUCCGUGAUCCACACAACUACGGGCAAUUUGCAAACCAUACACAUCAAACCCGAACCGCACAUCGUAACCGGAUCCGGUAGCAUUAUGACCGACACAAACAGCGAUGAUACACUCUCGGACGAGGAAGCGUCCCCAAAAAAGCGAAGAGACCUGCUAACCAGGCGACCAUCCUAUCGUAAGAUAUUGAGCGAUCUCGGCGGGGCGGAAAUCGCCAACACCCCGAGCGAUGGUUCCGGCCUGCAUACCAUAGCAACACCUGGUGGUGUGGUGCAAUAUUCCCAGCCCUCGGAGGGCAUUUACGUACCUCAUAUUUUUCCCAACACAGUCAUGGGCGGUAACGUGCAACUGGAGGAUCAGUCACGCAAGCGGGAGAUGCGAUUGCAGAAGAACCGGGAAGCGGCCAGGGAGUGUCGCCGCAAGAAGAAGGAGUACAUCAAGUGCCUAGAGAACCGGGUGGCGGUGCUGGAGAACCAAAACAAGGCCCUAAUCGAGGAGCUGAAGUCGCUGAAGGAGUUGUACUGUCAGCAGAAAAGUGACUGAACUCCCGAACCGGUGGGACCACCAGCAGUAAGGCACCUGGGGGUGGUUGUUGUUGAUGGUGGUGGUGGCACCAGCGAGCAGCAGUAGCAGUUAGAAGCAGCACAGCAGCAAACAGCAGCGCAAAUACCGGACCAUACGUAGCAGCAGUUCGUCUCGGAGCGUGGAGCUUUGGACGGGAAGAAGGAAAGGUGGGAAGGGCCCACAACAACUGCAUCCAGACAACUUACGUGCACUAGUCUUUAGUCCUCUACAGUGUGGGCAGACAAUGACCGGCCAGAUGCGCAACGGCUACCAGAGGUACGGCCACAGAUAGCCGGACGCGACACAAUGGGGGGAACCAAUGGUGGCUGUUGUGACAGUUGACGUUUCAUCUCUGCUAUAUCAGAUGUACAAAAUGGCGAGCAUCACCCGUACCCAGUCGGCAUGCUAGAUUUCAAGCUACUAUUUUAAUCCUUUGAAUCUAUUUUUCACAGCAGAAAGCCAACUUAAAAAGCGUAUGAAAGACUGUGUUCUUCUCCUACAGUGCGUUAGAUUCUGGAUUAACUAGUAUUUCUCAUAGCCCAUUUAUUUCGGACAUUUGUUUUAUUUUGAAAGUUGCAUAAUUUUGAGCAGAUGUACAGGAGUUUUUGAGUUCAAGCAGGUAGCAUAGUUGAAGAUAUUUCUGGUUUCUUUUGAGGUUGAGAGUUUGAGAUGGAUUUGCAAUUCUGUCAAUUUUCCAACGUUGGUGAGCUAUGCUAAAAUUUGACAGAUUACGCUGUAAGCUUUGCAAGCGUGUAAAUUCCAGAAAUUGUUAAGAAUUCCAGAACUACCUCAGCAUAAAUGCUAGCUCAACUUGAAAAGAAACGCAGAAAUGAUUCCAACUUUGCAACUUUGCAACAAGAACUUCCUCGUAUAAACCUUAACCAUUGUUUCAACAAUCUCAUUGUGAUUGAGUGCAGGGCUAGAUCGAUAAGAUGUAUAAAUAGACCGUGUACUACAAUUCUUGUUAUGUAUCUCGCCGCUAUCUGCUUGAUAUCAGGGAGAUCGACAUUGUUUUGAUAGUAUUUUUUCUUUUAUAUAUAUUUUGCUAGAAAUGCCAGCGACUUGCUUCAACAGUCGCUGCCCGUUUUUUUAUGUCUAAAUUCCAUAAGCUUCGCCCAGUUUGCCGGAUUUAAGAAUUGAAGCUACCGUUUGUCAAUAUCGGCCACAAAUCCGCCACAAGUGGCUAAUUACACGUGUACAGCAAAUGUUA